AUGGCGGACGGUGACGUUUCAAAGUCCCUACCAGACCGUGAAGCUAAAAAUUACAUGAGCGAGCCUCCCGAGCCUUAUGAUCAGGAUGUUGGAAUUGUCAACAAGGCCGCGCCGCUGACACGUGAGCUGAGAGGCCGCCACAUGCAGAUGAUUGCUAUUGGCGGUGCUAUUGGAGCGGGUCUUUUUGUUGGAACAGGGGGUGCUUUGUCUACUGGUGGCCCAGCUAGUUUGAUCAUCUGUUAUCUGAUUAUCGGUGCUAUGCUGCUGUGCACCGUGCAAUCGCUGGCUGAGAUGGCUGUCAUUUAUCCCGUGAAUGGUGCUUUUUUUUCCUAUAUCGUCCGCUUCGUAGAUCCCUCUUGGGGGUUCGCGAUUGGAUGGGAUUACGCAAUUACGUGGUUGACCGUGCUUCCCUUCGAGAUUACCGCAGCUGGUCUGACCAUCAAAUUUUGGCGAGACGACAUCAACAUCGGUGUUUGGAUUACAGUCUUCUUGAUAGUCCUGUGUUUGAUCCAAAUUUUCGGUGUUCGUGGCUACGGUGAAGUCGAGUUCAUCCUGAGCGCGAUCAAGAUCGCAGCCUGUCUUGGAUUCAUUAUCCUAGGCAUAAUCAUUAACACUGGUGGUGCCGGUCCUCAAGGAUACAUCGGCGCUAAAUAUUGGUACGAGCCUGGUGCUUUUGCAAAUGGCUUCCCAGGCUUCUGCUCCGUGUUCGUCGUUGCAGCAUUCGCCUUUGGUGGAACAGAGUUGGUUGGUCUUGCUGCUGCAGAGUCGAAAACACCCCAUAAGACUAUCCCAGCUGCUAGCCGUCAAGUGUUCUGGCGAAUUGCUAUCUUCUACGUUUUGACCUUACUGAUGGUUGGUCUUUUGGUGCCUUACACUGAUCCCCGUCUGCUGAAUGCAUCGGAUUCCGACACUAAGGACUCACCUUUCGUCAUCGCUAUUGUUGACGCUGGUAUCCCUGUUCUUCCCUCAAUAUUUAACGCAGUCAUCACGCUGUCCGUUAUAAGCGUGGCGAAUUCCUGCACGUUUGGUUCUAGUCGAACCUUGCAGGCUCUGGCUGAGCGAGGCAUGGCUCCCAAACUCUUCUCUUAUAUUGAUAAGAAGGGUCGCCCAAUUUAUGCCAUCAUCCUCCAGAUUCUUUUUGGUUUGCUUGCUUUCGUCGGCGAGAGCGCAGCGGAGUCCACAGUCUUCACGUGGCUGCUUAGUUUGAGUGGUCUUAGCUACUUCUUCGUCUGGGGCAGUAUCUGUCUUUGCCACAUCAGAUUCCGAAAAGCGUGGGUGUUCCAAGGUCGCUCCCUCAGCGAACUUCCCUAUAAAACACCUUUCGGAGUUGUGGGCAGCUAUGUCGGAUUGUCCCUUAAUAUUCUUUGUCUAAUUGCCACUUUUUACGUCUCCGUCUGGGUAUGUCGUCUUUGUCCCUUUGCUAGCCAGUGUUUCCUAACUUUCUCUUGUCAGCCACCUGGAUCCUCUCCCGACGCCGGGUACUUCUUUGAGCAGUAUCUGGCCGCGCCUCUUGUCCUCGCCUUAUACCUUUUCUGGAAGGUUUUCACAAAGCAAUGGCGCAUGUGGGUGCCAUUACAGGAAAUUGACCUCCAGGCUGGGCUGCGCACCGAACUGCUUUCAGGUGACGAGGACAUUGAAACCCCAUGGACGUUGAAGGACUUCCCAAUGAAGCUCGUUCGCUUGCUUGUUUAA